AAUCUUAAAAUAAAGGUCUUAAAAAAAAGUCAGUUCCUAAACUGACUAUAUAAGUUUUUUUCUGAUGAUUCCAGAGCCAGUGCUUAAGACAAGACCUAUGAUCAGGGUGGUUCUUGCUCCCCAGUCCAUUGAGGAAUCUGCUGUACUGGGUAUCUAAAGACUAUGUCUCUGCUCCUGAGGAGUAACAGCACAUACAAGCCAGAUGAUGGUGCCACACUACAGUACGCACCAGAAAUCAUUGGUUCCUUAAUUAUCUUCAUUGUCACCUUUAUCCUGGGUCUCCUGGGCAAUGGCUUGGUGAUCUGGGUGGCUGGCCUGAAAAUGAAGCGGACCGUGAACACUGUGUGGUUCCUGCACCUUGCCAUGGCUGACUUCCUCUGCUGCAUGUCUCUGCCAUUCUCCAUCAUUCACCUGAUCCUCCAUGAGUACUGGCCAUAUGGCCACUUCCUCUGCAAGGUUAUCCCAUCAGCCAUCAUCCUCAACAUGUUUGCCAGUGUCUUUCUCCUCACUGCCAUCAGCAUUGACCGGUGCUUGAUGGUAAUGAAGCCAGUUUGGUGUCAGAACCACCGUACUGUGAGACUUGCAUCAGUGAUGUGCGGUUGUAUCUGGCUCCUGGCCUUUGUUAUGUGCUGUCCUGCCUUCCUCUACCGUGAGACCUUCUCAGAUGAAUUCGGCAAAACUCUGUGUCAUUAUCAAUUUGGAAAUGAUAGGGAUUAUGGAGAUUAUAUGGAUUACAGGAAUUCAGGGUUGAGCUCUGGCAUAUCCCUAGAUGACUAUCCUGUUGGUUUCUCCAGUGCUGAUAUUCCUGGCAGCCUUUACAAUGAUACUAACUUACUUUGGAACUUGAAUGAUUACUUCUCCAACAGCAGUCGGCCAACCGCCCUACUGACGAUCAGUAUUACCAGGAUGGUUUUUGGCUUCCUCCUUCCCUUUAGCAUAAUUGCAGCUUGCUACAUCCUUAUUGCUGUCAAGAUGCAUGGAGCCCGAUUUACCAAACCCCGUGGUAAGACCCUGCGAGUGAUCCUGGUUGUGGUAGUUGCAUUCUUUGUCUGUUGGGCUCCAUUUCAUGCAGUUGAGGCACUGUCUCUCCUAGCUAUGCCAGGCACCAGAUUUAGGGAGACAGUGGCACUGUGGGACCACCUCUCUACAGCACUAGCCUAUGCCAACAGCUGCAUCAACCCUUUGCUCUACGUAUUUGUGGGGCGGGACUUCAGGCGGAAGGCACGCCAAUCAGUGCAGGGCAUCUUGGAGGUCGCGUUCAGUGAGGAAGUUACAUGUUCCACUUCCUACUCACGGGACAGGAAAAAGGCUUCAGCAGACAGGGAUAUCAGCAGCAACACCCUCUAAAAUGGGGAUUCCAGACAGCACUGCCAGGGCAGGAGGAAGACAUUUGCACCUUCCAUGGCUGUGACUUUUUGCUUGAGGACAGCAGAGCCAGAACAAUGAUUUAGACAAUAAUCUGUACGGGAUGCCCAUGGGGACUGGGGCAGUUCAGAACAGGCCAACCUCCCCUUUAAUAGCCUCCUAAAGAGAGGGGAGAUUGGCCUAUUCUGAACUGAAUCUUCCGAUGGGACACACAAGGAAGGCAGAGCGCCCCCUAUCUGAGAGAGAGAAGUGCACUUGUGAGAAGAUGUAUGGUGGAAUUAUGUAGUUACUCCUUGACAUUACUAAAUAAGAAUGUGGUUGCAGAAUAUCUAUGUAUCACAUUUAUUAAGCAUGUAUCACAUCAUCUGUGCCUAGUAAAUUACAGGGAGAAGAUACUUUGACAUUUCCCCUUGGAAUUUGUCAUCAUACCUUUCCCCACCCUUAACUCUUCUUCAGCUGGGACCCUGAACUUUUUCACAGCAGUGCGCAGCAGGAGUGCACUCUGGGAAUGCUAGUUUUCCUCACAACAGUGCAUUGUAGCAGACAUCCCCUACCUGCUCAUCAGCAAUGGAAACUGCCUUUCAUGCCAAUAUUCUUAGGGUCUUUCAGUUAGUCAUGGCUUUCCUCCUGUCCUCCUACUAUUCUUCUUACCAUUCCUGUCUCCAAAGGGCCACUUCUCUUAUUUUCCAUGCCAGCUCAAGGAGAGUUUCUACAUCUCAGCUAAUACAUCACUGCACAAAAUCAGUAACUGGGGCAUAAGGGGCAAUUUUCAGAAAAGCAAACCUCAUGCUGGUGACAUGGGUUCAUUAGUAAUAGGACCCUCCUUUAUGGCUUUAGAAGGUCCCCAUGAUAUUACAGCCUGAGAUACAGUGAUGAGGCAAUUAAGGUAGGUCCCACUAAUCAUGGAGAUGUCCCUACUGCAUCUAAAGCUGCUGGAUACCUAAGCAAUCAGAGCAGAGGUUGCCUUCUAGUAGGUAACCCUGAGCAGGCUGGAGCUGAGUCACCCCUUCUGUAAAAUUUCAGAAGGGAGAUGGCUGUGAAAGUGGUGUGCCUGACUUUCAACUGUAUGCUUCUAUUAGACACGAGAAAGGACUGAGAGAUAUGGAAGGAAGUGGCCAUACAAAUACACACAGUGCUAGAAAUAGUCAUGCACAUAAAGAGCCUGUUGUUUCCUUCAGUGCAAAAUCUUAGAGAUAGACCAAAGUCACAGUUCUGAUCAGAUAUAAA